AACUGGGGGCUCCAACAGGCGUUAUGGGAAAUAUAUAACCUCUUCCAGCGUCGUAGUAGGCGACAAACAAUUCCGAAAUCGCCACAACCACAAACUAGGUACCAUACUACUUUGCAGACAGGAAUCGAGGAACAAGUAGCAGCCACUGCUUAUUUUGAUCUGGUUCUGAGGUCUGUUACGGAACCAGGCCUGCUGAAGACUCUGGUGAAGUUCUUGCUGGAUGAUAAUUACGAUGGGACCAGGUUGCUGGAUGUUUUGGUACAGAGAUUGGACUCCGAAGACAGGCUUUGCUUAGUAUCACUGGCUCUAUUCGAAUCGCUGAUUGAAAUUAACUGCGAGGACAUAAUGCUGGAACUGAUUUUUAAAUACUUGUUGAAGGGGGAUCAUCUUAUAGUCGACAGCCGGUUUACCCAUUUCCUGGACGACAUGAAUUUUCACAAUGUCGAAAAGUUUCUUGCACUGUCACCAAACAUAAUGCAAUCAUGUUCCAAAUUGAUAGAUAGAGAUCUGAAUAAAUCAACUUAUGUGCGACCUGAAACACCACCUAUUUCAAAAAAUAUGCCUACUAAUUGGAAUCACUAUGGGUUGUACUCUAGUGGAACCUUGUAUCGUAAUUACCACGCAUAUCUCUGCGAUGCCCACCAAAAACUGGUAACAUGCCAAAAAGCCUGUGAAGUAUGGUCUAAUCGUUACGACCACAGCCUAAAAUCUACCAAACACACAACCAACAACUCAGACAAUACAUCUUCCUAUUCUUUAUUCAAUGAACCAAUAAAAACAAGCUUUACAUCGACACCAACUAGUUUAAUAUCAUCUGAUCCUGCUCUAUUGGACACUGUGAAGGAGUUCCUUCACGAAGCAGCCAGUUUGAACUUGAUCGAAGACGAGAAUGCUAUUUUGGAGCAUUUGACUUCAGGAAAUGAUAAUAAUAAUGAAGAUUGUUCGAAGAAACAAUUGGAUAGUCUGCAGUCAUUGGGUGAUAGUAGUGGGUAUGAGAGUUUUAAAUAUAAACCGGAUGAUUUUCUUGGAGCAGGGGGAGAUGAUGGACAUAGUAAGGAUGUUAGUUGUCUUUCGGAAGAGGAGAAGGAAGUUAAAGCUAAUAUUAUGUUUAGUAGUGGCGGUGAUAGUGAUUUAGUUGAUGCGAAUUGUAUAGGUGAAUUUCUGGCAAUACUGUUUUCUAAGCUUCAAGCCAUGCCUUCGAAUUCUGUUUAUGUUAAUAUUCAUUUGACGGGGCUUUUGUCCAGGCUGAGUGUGUUCCCACAAGAUUUGCUUCGGACAUUAUUACUUAGUACUCAUACUCAUACCAAAGCACCAAUUCGAACUGUAUAUCAGAUCAUCUUAUCAGUACGAGAAUACAUCGACACAAGUCUAUCAGUACAAGUACAAGAUUCCGUUCAGAUAGCAGAACAAGCUCAAAGUUUUCUAUUAGAAAGAGAAUCUAGACUUGUGAAUGCCAGAAAGAAUGCCAUCGAAGCAGCCAAUAAGAAUAGAAAUCAAGCUGCCAAUAGUACUGCAAUACUUGGAGGUACAAAUUCUUUCGACACAAGAUAUCGAGCAGUUGAAAGCAACAAUAGGACUGCUUUAGCAGCUCAAUAUAGUUCAACAAAUUAUGAUCCGUUCAAAAGAAAUGAACCCAAACGAAAAAGCAUAAGUACAUCACUGACGCAAAUAUUUAAACGGACGAAUUUAAAUUCAGCGUCCACGGGUUUAUCAUCGAUUUACGAAUUCUUCAAGGGUAAUUCCACCACAAACAAUGGAAACAGUGGCGAACCCCAAUCCCAGAUCAACAUAGCUGACAAUAUUACCGUGCAAUAUAGUCCUGCCACUUACUGGGGCAUCGAGGCCAAUAGAAGUCUCAUGACCAACGACAAUGGUGCUAAUUCAUCCUCGUCCAACGAUAGUUUAUAUAAUCUCGUUAUGUCUGCAGUGAUUCUGGACGAAUGGGUCAAGGAACUCGCUGCCAUUUUACAGGAGCAGACGAUAGAAUUCUUGAAUAAGGCCACGUGAUUGGAACAGAAAAUUUGUAAUAGUUAGUAAUAAAAUGAAUUAUGUUUUUUAUGAUAUUGUCUAUACAGCAAGAGAU